AAGUCUCUAUUCAAUUUCGAACGCGGACUCGGAACUCUUCUCCUCGACUUGCUUCUCUACUUCUUAUUGUUUCGUUAAAUCUUUCUUUGCAGAUUAAGCAUUUCCUUGGCUCUUUGUUUGAUCGAGAAAACCCUAACUUCCAUUCCAUUACAAGUUCUCAUUGAAAGUAAGAAACCCUAACAAUCUGAGAGUAUUCCAAGAUGGAGCAACAGGGUCAAGGAGGAGGAAUGUGGAUGAGAGGAGAGACAAUUGGUCGAGGGAGCUUCGGUACUGUUUCUUUGGCUACAGCAAAGCAGAAAGCCAACAAGCGUCGGAACCAUCUCCCACCAUUAAUGGCUGUGAAAUGGGCUGAAGUCUCUCGCUCCGGAACGCUUCAGAAGGAGAGGGAAAUACUUACCAGGUUCGAAGGAUGCCCUCACAUUGUUCGCUGCUACGGCGACGAAAUCACUACGGAGAAUGGUGAGCUAACUUACAAUGUCUUACUGGAAUAUGCCUCUGGAGGUACCCUAGCUUCUCGGAUUAAGAACUCCAGUGGAGGAUUGCCUGAAGUCGAUGUUAGGCGUUACACCCGCUCGAUUCUUCAGGGUCUUAACUACAUUCAUGAUCGUGGUUAUGUUCAUUGCGAUAUCAAGCCCCAGAAUAUUGUGCUCGUUCUUUGCUCCUCUUCUUCUUCUUCAGAUGAAUAUGUGGCGAAGAUUGCUGAUUUUGGUUCCGCCAAGAAUACCAUGAUAGAACAGAGGAAGAGGAAGAAAGAGCGUCGUUGUUUGGGUUUGAGAGGAACCCCUCUUUAUAUGUCGCCGGAAUCUGUUUCGCGCAAGGAACAGGAAGCUCCCUCUGAUAUAUGGGCUCUUGGGUGCGUUGUGGCUGAGAUGAUUAGUGGGAAACCUGCUUGGAAUUGCAAGUCUGACAUGGAUGUUGAUGAGCUUCUUUCUCUGAUCGGCUCCAGCAGGGAAUUGCCUGAGACCCCGAGUGAGAUGUCCAAAGAAGGGAAGGAUUUCUUGAAGAGGUGUUUUGUGAGGACUAGCAAUUUCAGAUGGACUGCUGACAUGCUUUUGCAUCAUUCAUUUUUAUCAGAGAAUGUUCGAGUUCAAACUACUCCAGAGUUGUCCAAUGAUGCAAAGGUUCAAUUAGCUGGGAGUUAUGUCGAAGAAUCUGCACUGGGAGGUCAAAAGAGGAGGAGGAUCAACGGCUCUGAUGAUCCUUCUAUUGGUGAGGACAGUUUGAAGCCAAGUAUCAAAGCCUUCAAAUGCUACAAGAGGCUUAGAAGACUUGCCACAGCUACUUGAUAUUGAAUGCCAUAUCAUGGCAUUAUAAUGGAACAGACUGUACAAAGAAAAGUAUCAAGCUGUCGGAGGAACUGACUGAUCAUCUAGGGGUUUUGACUUUUACAAGGGCAAUUUGUCCGCAGGGAUUGAUAUUAUUUUGUUUCUUUAGGUUGCAUUGGUUUUGGGAUAUUUUAAUCUUUAAUAUAGAUUUAUAUACUCACAGGGAAUGCUUUGUUAAUCAAGUUCAUUAGGGUUUAUAUUGAUAUAAACUCUGGUUUUCAUACUUGUAUACAAACACUUGAUCUAUCAUUGUUUAAUGCAACAUUUUCUGCAGAUUCUCUUUA